GGUGCGCACGGGGCCAUUUGCAGCGCAGGCAGCCUCGCGAGCAGCCGCGGCGCGCCGGCCGGGAGGGAGGUGGCACCAUGGAGCUGAAGAAGGACAGCAACGCCGUGUCCAUCGACAUGCUGCUGAUCGUGCACUCGGAAAAGCGGCGCGCGGCGCAGGGCGCGCACAUGGACCCGCAGGCGGACCCGGGCGCGCUGCUGCAGCGCCGAGGAGGAUUCCAAGGUGUUGGAAACGGAAUCCGGAAAUGGCAGAAAUUAGAAGGAAAUGACCUUUAUGGAAACCUGGCAGAGAAACAGCACCCUCAGCAGCCCCAGGUCAUCACUUCCUACGACAACCAAGGGACGCAGCUGACCGUGGAGGUCCACCCUCGAGACGCCAUGCCCCAGUUCCUCAAGAAGUUCUCCUUGGCUAAACGUGAUAAAAAUGGAAACAUGAGACCCCGGCAACCUGGAGGGAAAGAUGCCCAUGCCUACCCCUGGGACCGGUCCAGCCUGAAAUCCAUGCCUCUGGACCUGCGGCAGUUUGAAAAACUGGACACCUAUGCCUCCCAGGUGACAGUCAAGAGUGGCCUGGAUGAGCUGGUGAGUGACCUGCUCCAGGAGGCCGACAGCGAUCUGGAAAGGGUCCGCGCCAUCUGGAUCUGGAUCUGCCACCACAUAGAGUACGACAUCGAGGCUGCCCAGGAGAAGGACCGCCAGGCCUUCAAGCCCACUGACAUUCUGCGGACCCAGAAGACCAACUGUGAUGGCUAUGCUGGCCUUUUUGAAAGAAUGUGCAGGAUUGCCGGCGUACAGUGUGUCACCGUGCCCGGAUACUCUAAGGGCUUUGGCUACCAGACAGGGCAGAGCUUCUCUGGAGAGUUUGAUCACGCCUGGAAUGCUGUGUACCUGGAGGGGAGAUGGCACCUGCUGGACAGCACAUGGGGCAGCGGCCUGCUGGACACGGCCACCUCCAAAUUCACCUUCCUCUACAAUGAAUUCUACUUCCUCACACACCCCGCACUGUUCAUCGAGGACCACUUCCCAGACAAUAAGAACUGGCAACUGCUAAAACCUCCUCAGUCUCUGAGGCAGUUUGAGAACAAUAUGUAUCACAAGAGCGAAUUCUACAACAAGGGGAUGCUGAGCGCCCACCCAGAGACGUCCAUCAUCAGAACAGUGAAUGGAAAGGCCACAAUCACCAUUGAGAGCUGUGCCCCAACACUAUUCAUGUUUAUGCUCAAUGGCAAACAGGAGCAUGGGCUGCUGAGCCUCAGGAAGAACGGCAUGAAGCUGGAGGUGUACCCUCCAACCAUGGGCACCCACAAGCUGCAGAUCUUCGCCAAAGGCAACUCUGACAUUUACAGCUCAGUGCUGGAAUACACGAUCAAGUGCAACUACGUGGACCUGGGUGUCCAGCUGCCGGCUGAGCUUCACCAGCCCGUGGGCCCCAGCUGGUUCUCCGAGCAGAUGGGCAUUGUGAAGCCCUCCCACCCUGACCCCAUCAUCCACACCAGCGAUGGGCGCUGCUCCAUCAGUUUUGGUGUGGAGGAGGGCAUCAGCGUCCUGGCUUCCCUACACGGAGACGAUGGCCCAAUCACUGAGGAGACGCAGCGCCGCUACAUCUUCCAGCUGCACCGGGAGAAGCGGACAGAGUUGAAAGUCCACCUUCCCCAUGCCGGCAAAUUUGCCCUCAAGAUUUUUGUCAAGAAAAGGCAGGAACCAGGCAACUACGUCUUUGUCUUCAAUUACCUCCUGUGCUGUGCCAACACCAAGGUGAACUGGCCGAUGUUCCCUGAGUGCUUUGGCAACUGGGGGCAGGACAAUGAGCUGCUGGAGCCUCUGUCCGGUGUGCUUCCUGCUAACCGGAAUGUCCCAUUCAAAUUGAAGCUGCAUGGGAUCGCCAAAGCCCUGGUGAAGGGACGGGACACGUGGCCCCUGACCCUGAACCACGAGGGCUACUGGGAGGGCAGCUGCAGCACAGCCGGCUGCCAGGAAGUCUACGUCAUGGUGCUAGAGAACGCCAACCACAACUUCUACUCCUACAUCCUGAAGUACAAAGUGAACACCCAGUGAGGGCCUGCACCCCACUCACACCCUCCAAGGGCCCUGGCCAGCCCUGCCCGGGAGGGAGUGCAGAGAGCCCUGGACACCACUGGGUCUGCACAAAAUCACUUCUAGGCCUCUGCCUCAGUUUCCCUGCUCUGCUGCAGGUGCUGAGAUAAUUGUGUUCUAAAGGCUUCUUCCCUCAGUGGGGCCACUGCUGAAGGGACCGAGGCAAAGGCCUUUUAGAAUAUAACGGUGCUAUGUAAAUCCAAGGUCCUGUGAACUGUAACCCCGUGCCCCAUGCCCCCUUCUUGUGUUAACGCUACCGUUGUUGUCGCAGGGCUGACGUGGGACAGCAGGGCUAUUGUCCAGGCUGUAAGCUUUCUGCAUAAUACUUAGAGAAUUCUCCUCGGGACUCCAGAGGAGCAGGAUUUGCCAGGUUGUCACCCCGAAUCGUGGAACCCCUUCCAACUAGCACAGUGUUUCUCCACAGCUCCCGGACCAGGGAGUGUUGGGUCUGACCUUCGUGCCUUCCCGCUGCCUCUUCAUUUACCACUUCUUGCUCUUCAAGAGCCCUGGCAUAAAGAAGGUGUGGAAAGGAAGGUACCCAACUCCCAACUGGCCAGAGGCUAUGCUUCCUCAGUCCCAGCCAGUAGUCAGGAAUGUGACAGAGAACAGAGAGCAGCCAUGAGCACUGCUCAGGGGUGUCUGGGCAGGGACCGGAGGAUGGAAAGAUGGCUUUGCAAUCCUGCAACCCUGAGUCUGAGGCUAUAAGAGGCCUGACUUGAGGCUCCUGAUGAGCACUUGGGGCAGAUGAUCUGGCCUAAGGCCUGGGGCUGCUCCCAGCCCUCUUGAGCCUGCGCCUCAGGUUCCUGCCUUACCUUCCCAGGAAGCCUCCAGAGGCCUGCUGGGUCUUUUGGGAACCUUGCUGGUAACCGUAAGUAGAGACCAGUGCUUGGGUAGGGAGAUAGGGUGAACGAGUAGUUAGGUUACAUCAGCAGUGCUCAGGAGACUCAGGUGGUAACAGGCUGCUUCCUGCCCCAGAGUUCCCGCUGCACAGCCAGAGUUCAGUCCUUGCUGAACUUGGGUUCUUCAACUCUGUUGGGGGCACCUCUACUUGCCCUGGGAGCAGUUUUUGUUCUUUAUCUUAGAAAAAGUUUUACCCCAUUUUCCUAUCUUUCUUUGAGAUGAGACACACACCUGUCUCCUUCGCCAAUCCUGUCUUCUCUGGGGGACAGUUCAGGACCCCUAGCUUGCUCAGGCCUGUCCCAGAAAGUCCAGCUGCCCAGCUGAUCCUCAGCAGUGACUGAGGCUGACAUUGUCAUGGCAACAGAGGAAAAGUUGGUUCCAGCAAGGCAGCAGGGAGAGAAGGACAGAGAAAGACCCCAUGAGGCCACUACAAUGUAGUCCUGGCCCUGGACACACUCUUGGGUUCUUCGACUCUGCUGCUCCUGCCUCUCUCAGAAGCCCAGUCCCUGAGAGCUGACACUACCUAACACCAAUCCUUGAUGGUCGCUUCACGUGCCCCAAGGCUGAGCAGCAGCCACAGCCAGCCAGGAAGGGGAUGCUCAUAGGUCCUCUGCCUUCAUCCCCACGGGUGUGGAUUUCACAAAUGCUCAUGGGGCACUUGGUAAGUGCCAGGCACUGUGCCAGAUGCUGGGGCUACAGAGGUGAACUCAGGGGCCCAGUCACAGACAUCCAGAGUUCAGGGUGGGCGACCUGCUAGAGGGCAGCAGCCUCCCCUGCCCAGGCCUGUCUGAAGUUCCCGGCUCCCAACACUCCAGUCCAUCAUCCCUGAGGCCCCUCCCACUUAGGUUCCCACUGCCACCCAGCGUGGACCUGGCCCAGAGCCUCCUUACAAGGUGCCCAACUUCCACCAGAUGGAUCCUCCCUGGGAGGCUGAGAUGACCUGGCCUGUGUCCAGCAUCUUCUGACAGGGUCUGCCACCCAGCACCGUGUCACUCAUGCCUGGAAAAUGCACAAAGGACCAGGAGGCUUAACCACUGUGCACCACCACAGGGAAACAAGGGGAGUUUUUACACCCUGAAAACAGCCUUUUCUCAGACCUUUGAUUUUAUGGGUUGAAAGAAGUGUGCUGUGUUUCAUCAAAAUAAUAAGUGCCUUCUGUGACUCAUGUCACUCUCUGCAAGCAGUGUAAGUUACCACAGCUAGCCCUAUCUUCUAGAGCAUGUAGAGGAUGCCACCCAGCAAAACAGGAGCUGUCCCCAGCACCAGGGAGGGAGGCCCCGCCUCUCAGAGCACCCGCGGGGUAUCCACAUGCCCCUCCCUCCUCGUUUAACCAGGCACCCCCUUUGUAAAGACAGCUGUAGGCGCAGUCAGAAAAUCACCUGCAUUUCUUUUCACUGAAGUAAAAAUACAUGAAACGAAAUUCAAUCUUCAUGAAUUUUUACACGCACGCUGCUCAAGCUAGAAAUUCGGGAUUGCAUUUUGAAGGCUUUUAUUCAAAUCCCCAUCUUUGUUUCCUGCUCCACGAGUCCCAGUCGCCGGUGGAAUGGCACGGGCGCCACCUGGUGGUCGAGGUGCGGAGCUGCCGGCGCUGCAAACCGCGAGGGGGAAAUGCAUCCCCUGGUUUUAUAGGCAAACUUGAAAAAUAGUGUCGAGUGUUUAUGUUAAAAUCACUGGGUGCUUUUCUCGUGGUUUCUCAGCGUUUUCGCGUGUGUGCAGCGAGCCCAUCUUUGCCAUGUGCAAGCUGUGAGGGGAGGCUGAGGGACUGCCUGGCGUGGCGAGAAGAGAUUGUGGUUAAAUGAAGAGUGUUUUGCUGGGAAAUCCCUUCUUGCAACAGAAACCAUGGACAUAGGACUGGAUGGGGCAGCUUUGAUCAUACUCAUUACUAUGCCAGUGAAGCACCGAACUGAUCAAACUCAGAGCAUUUUCCGGAAAGUUCCAGGAUGGGUGCCAGGAUUCAGAGCGUGGGGGAUCGGUAGGGCAGGGGGGUGACAACAACAACUGCAAUUAACUUCUUUUCAGCUUGUUUCAGAAGUGCCAGGAGCACAGCUGGCCUCUGUUUCCAUCCGAUUGUGAUCAUUGCGAGUCCCCCCAUAUGUUACAUUGUUCCACCAGGACAGCGCCUCACAGCCUGCUGAGAUUAAAGAGAAAUAAAUCGAUUAACUGAAGCAUGAGGGAUUCAGGCUAGACAUAAAGAACUAUUUCCUCUUGUCAAUUGGGAAGAACACGUUGCCAAAAAAAGUUUGUGAAAUUCUCUUCUCAAAAGACUUGAAAAGCAGAAGUUUUCCCACUGGCCCAGAGAUCAAGAUGCCCUGCUCGCUGGAAGGAUUAGGUUCUCUCUAAACCAAUUAAUUCUUGCAAUAUGCGGUUUGCCCACCGCUGCGGUAUUGCCCCAUCGUUCGCUAUGGCAAAGUUUUCAAAGGUGGCGUGCAUCCGCGGUUCCUCUGAGGUCUUAUCAUUUCUUUUCAUUUGCAAUAAGUAGCUGGAGACCUGAUUAUUUCUCAUAACGUGCGCACUGAUUUGUGUGGGCCGGUGGCUGUAGCGUAUGCUGUUCCCACAUUGUUGCUGGUAUUUU